GAGCGGGUGGCGGUCGGUCAGCGCCAGUCAGUAGAGCCGCGCGGCGCUGCGCUUCGUAGCCGGCGAGCGCGAGAGACGAGCGUGCUGUGCAGCGUGCGCCUAGCGACGCACCUCCGCUCUCUAUUAUGCCACCCGUGCGCGGCGUUUACUUGUGUUAUGGUGCUUUAUGAUGGUACGGCAUGAGAGUGCAAGAUAUGCGGACGUACCGUGAAAGAUGCGUUGCUGAAACUGCCGUCGCUACAAGUGGGCGGAGAAACGCGACGCGUCCUAGGCUGCUCAGGUGCAGGUAGGAGGGGCUCGUAUGUGAAGUGCGUGGUAGGGUGCGGUGAUGGAGUUGGUAAUAUUGAAAGCGAGAGCCCAACUAAAUCGUCUCGUGUCGCCGGGUGAGAGGCGCGUGGAAGGCGUCGAGCGGACAUCGCAGCCGCAGGAGCAGGCACGCGCUGAGGGCGGCGGCGAAGGCGCGCGGCCGGCGGGCCGCGGCCGCACCACCAUGGCGCCCGCCGCGCCCGCGCCGGCCUCCGCCGCGCCCUGGCUCAACGCCACGCUCGCAUACAACGUAUCGCGGCUCAACGCUACGUUUGACACCGAUUAUGAGCUGCUUAACGCCACCGCCACAGACGAUCACCACAACCACUGGUUCUGUGCAAAGUGGACCAGCGCACAGCAGGACCUGUUUCAGGCGGCAAACCUAUGCUUCGCGAUAGCAUUUCUCGCGCCGAAGAGCUUUAAGCAGAGCAUCCUGGUAUUGCGCGCGCUGGCGGCAGCGGGCGCUGUACUCAUGGGCAUGUGGGCCGGCGCCGAGGUGUGCGCGCCUGACGUGCUCGCCUGGAGCCUCGCGCUCGUCCUCGUCAACUCCAUACACACAGUUUUCUUGAUUAUAAGAUUCCUUCCGCCGGCAUUAUCGCUCGAGCUGACUGACCUGUAUUUGAAGCUAUUCAAGCCAUUGAAAGUCAACAAGAAACACUUCCAGGAACUGACGCGCGAGGCUCGGAUAGUGCGCCUCGAGCCCGGCGAGGCGUACGCCCUCGAGGAAGUAACGCCCGCCGAUGAGAGACUAUCGAUACUCAUAAAGGGAAAGAUGCGAGUCAGUUGUGAUGAAACACAUCUCCACUAUAUACAACCAUAUCAGUUUGUCGAUUCUCCAGAGUGGGAAGCGAAUCGAGAGCAAUCUGAUGACGUUUUUCAGGUGACGGUGGUGGCGGAGGAGGUGUGCACGUGCGUCUGCUGGCCGCGCAUGCGCCUCGAGCGCGUGCUGCGACACCGCCCCGCACUCAAGGUCGUGCUCGACUGUCUUAUAGGUAAAGAUAUAACUCAUAAGCUGUAUUCGGUGAGUGAGGGCCUGGGUGCGGCGGCGGCAGGCGAGCGGGACGGCGCACCCACGCAUCUCACGCGUUCUGCCAGCGUGGAUGCCGUGCACGAGGGCGCGCGCGGGCGGCUGCGCAGCCUGGCGUGGCGCGCACGCUCCUCCACUCCCAAAGGUAAAUUUUCAGGAACAUCAUACUGGCAGCCUGUAGUUGCGCGUCAGUUUCUAAGGCAGUCGCCGUUCGGGCGGCUAUCGCAGCCGUCGCGGCUGCUGGCGCAAGCGUCGUCGACGAGCCUGCAGGCGGGGCGGGGCCGGCGCAGCCCGCCGCGGCGCGCCGCGUCCUUCCGUCGCGGGCGCGAGGUGAAGUUCGCUGAGGUGUCGCCUGAGCCGUGCGUGUGACGCGGGCCGCGGCUCCAGCCGGAGCUGGUGCCGCUGGUAGCGCCGCGACCCUUCUCGCCCUCUUCCCCCUCGCCGCCUCUUCAAACUCCCUGACCGGGAGCUGAGCGAACGGCAGCGCCCCACAUGACUGACUUCUGAACUGAAUUAUUGUGUUCGCGGAUCGCCCACUACGCACUGCAUCAUGAGUAGAAGCAAAUUCUAGAGGGUGAACGAUUCAAGAACGUCGAUUGACCGUUUCGAUUGAUUUACAAAAGAGCUUCCUGUUAUUGAAUGUUUAAUAUUUAUUUUAGUAUCUACGCGUUAAAUGCUUCCUCGUUCGCUCGACAUUAGUGAAUUGUGCGUUACUUACAUGCUGCAAAGACUAUAGUGGCCGCGUAACCCAAGUGAUUUCUAAAGCGGAAGUGUUAUAAUUGUAUAAAUGUGUGAGAAAUUAGCCUAAUGUUAUUGUGUGUAUUGCAUACGGUGUGCCCUGCGGUGUAUUUAUAAGACAAACGCUCAAAUACCCCAAUGAACACUACGAAAUAGUGCAAAAUUUUUAUAAAACCUAAACACAUGAAACGAGCGACGUUAGUUCUGCAUACAAAACAAUGUUAGAAUAAUGGAAUUGUGAGUUAUACAUAAUUUUUUUAGCAAUUGAUAUAAUUCAAAUGUGGUAUUCUAAAAGUAUUUAAUGUUAAAACAAUUAAUUGUUUAUUAGUGUUAAGAUGUGUUAAAUUCGUGAUAAAAUAUUGAUGUUACUACGCGGAUUUAUACUGAGAAUUGUUUAGUAAAAAUGUAUGUGUUACAUAAAUAUUCAAAGUUCCGUAAAUGUAGAAUCAUACUUUUCAUACGGCAUAUUCGUUACCAUUCAAAUUAAAUAUUCGUUUCUUAUGUUAGAUCGCAAUUCUUGGUAUAUUAUAUUUGUUUAGUUUUAUAUAAGUAAAAGGUCCCUUUAAGACACAAGAAUGAUCAAGAACUGAUCUAAAAUAGGUUAGUUCUUUACACUUUAAGUGUCUAACAAUAGUUCGCCGGCAUCACUCAAAAAUGUAUGAUUUGUUUUCAUUACAACAUACAACAUAAUCAACCCUGCAUGUAGAGUCAUGUUAAUUUAAAAUUUCUUUAUCGCCACAACAUACCAAAUCAUUAUUGCCGAUAAUGAAAUCACUGCGUACAUUAAUGUGUACUUAUCCAUCCAAACUUACUAAUGAAAGCAUUUUCAUAUGUACCGGUCCGCCUUAUCCAGUAGUGUCGACAAUGCAUGUGAAGAAAAUUAUUCGCAAUCAUUUAGUCAAAUAGCAAAUCUGCCAUCAAAGAAAUAGCUAUUAUUGAAAUGAAUUAAUAUUGAUCAAAACUAUCUUUGAGAAGAAACACUUGCAAGAGGAUACUUGGUUGAUUAACUACAGUAGUUAAAAACUAAGUAUAUAUACAAGUAAGUCAGGCGAUUUGAUCAAAUCCCAAACUAAAUCAAUAUAUAUUAAUAUAAGAUAAUAUUAGCCCUGUUUUAUAUA